CCUCUUCUGACUCGAACGUUCUCUUUCUCUCGUAUUACAGGCACAGAUUUUGGCUCAUGCUAGGUCGAGAAGGAGAGAGACCGCUCGAGAGAGAGAAAGAGACAGAAGGAGUCCCCACUCGGUGCCUCGGCUGCUCGACGCAGGCCGAUAAGUGGGGAGAAAGUGCUAACGGGUGCUAGCGAGUGCUGUUCUUUCUGGCAGCGGUGUGCUGCAAAUCGGCGCAUCAGCGACAACUCUGCUCGGCGCGUCUCUUCUGGCGAUGUUUGUCGCCAGGCGGUAUCGCGGUCUUUGGAUUCUAAAAAAUAGGUGCCCAAGGCACCCCCGGUUAUGGCCCGGCGGCCUUUUCGGCUGAUGUUCGCCGUGGCGAUGUUUCAUACGGGGUGCAUCGUCACAUGGUGAUCGAGCAAGUGCAAGACGCUAUCGCGAAACACGUAAGUGUGAAAGUAAACACUGUAUUCAACGGUAAAUUUGUAAAUAUUUAUGGUGACCGCGACAAUAAAAGUAUCGCGACGAAGAAUCAUGAACUGUACAGAGCAUCAAAUUUACGUGAAUGGUACGAACAGUGCGUUAUCGAAACGAUAUUAGCGAUGCUCAAUGAGUUUCAGGAACGUAUUAGUGGCUGGGCACUGUCAAAAAUACAGAACGUGAAAGUUAAUAUAAAUGAGUUUAAUCCCAUGCACGCGGGAUGUUGCAUCGAAUUGCCACAGGAAGUAAAGGACAAACGUGCGGUAAUUAAUGUGCAUUCGAAAAAUAAUGCGUGCUUUGCAUGGUCGGUGGUAGCCGCCUUGCAUCCCGCCGAAAAUAAUGCCAACCGUGAAUCAUCGUACCCGCAUUAUUCGACUGUUUUAAAGUUUGAUGACAUACAAUUUCCAAUGAAAGUGAAAGACAUUGGAAAAUUUGAACGUUUAAAUGAUAUGUCGGUUAACGUAUACAGUACCAAAUUUUACAGAAAGAAAAAAGACUUUACUUCGUACCAAUACGACUGACUGAUGAUAAGAAGGAGAAACACGUCAACCUUUUUUACGUGAAAGAUAAACUCAACAUCAGCCUCGGCCACUUUGUGUGGAUCAAGAACCUGUCGUGACUGAUCAGCUCACAGCUGAGCAAAAAAGAACACAAGAAAUUCAUCUGCGAUAGAUGUCUACAUUAUUUCCACUUAGAAAAAAAGUUGCUGUCGCACGAAGUAGAAUGCAGAAAAGUAAAUAACUGUGCCAUUCUGUUACCAGGAAAGGACGACAAGUAUUUGGAAUUCGAUAAUUAUAAUAACAAAGAGUACGUACCCUUCGUGCUUUACUCCGACUUAGAAUGUGUAUUGCGUAAGAUGGAAAACAAAACAGAAAACGCGUCGAGAUUCUCGUAUCAGCAUCACGAGGUAUUCAGCAUAGCUUAUUAUGUUAAAUGU